GGAAAUGCGCCUUGUUUCUGGUCGACCGGAAAAGAGCCGAACACACAAUAACUAAAUGACUGCAGCUGGUUGCAGAACAGUGUUGUGACCUCAACAUGUACUCGAGAAAGUUUAGUCGCCUAAUUUUAGGGCUUUACAACCGGAAAACGUCUGCGAUCACUGCAGUUCAGAGUCCCGGAGGUCGGAGCGGGUUCAGCUGGAGUGCGGUGUGCAGACAGCGGACACGGUGGCUCCGGAGGGACGGUGCUCUGGAGGUGCAGCGUGGUGUGCCCUGUCAGAUGAGUGCCCGGUCCAUCUCCCAGUCCACCGUGGACCCCAGUGAGGUGAAGAGGUUCCAGUCACUGGCCAGCAAGUGGUGGGAUGAACAGGGAGAAUUUGCAGCUCUCCAUGCCAUGAAUGACCUGAGGGUGCCUUUUAUACGGGAUAACCUGCUGAAUGUUCACCCGGGGCGUCAGGGUGGGAAACCCCUCACCGGACUGCGAAUCCUGGACGUGGGCUGUGGAGGUGGACUUCUCACAGAGCCCUUAGGUCGUCUGGGAGCCGACGUCCUGGGCAUCGAUCCGGUACCAGACAGCAUCGGAACAGCUCAGCUUCACUCAUCCCAUGAUCCGGACCUGUGCGAGCGGGUCAGAUACCAGACCUGCACCCUGGAGGAGCUCUCAGCAGAGGAGGAGGGGGGAGGAGGAGAGACGGCGAAUCCCCUGCGCCGAUUCGAUGCCAUCGUGGCGUCCGAGGUGGUGGAACAUCUGGCCGACCUGGAAACGUUUGCUCUCUGCUGCAGCCACGUGCUGAAGCCAGGUGGCUCGCUCUUCAUCACCACCAUAAAUAAGACCAACCUGUCCUACGCGUUGGGUAUUGUCGUAGCUGAGCAGCUGCUGCGCAUCGUUCCCAGUGGAACGCACGACUGGGAGAAGUUCAUCAGCCCGGUGGAGCUGGAGCGCCUCCUGGAGUCCAACGGUUUCUCGGUUCAGUCGGUCCAGGGGAUGUUGUACAACCCCGUAUCCAGAGCCUGGAGCUGGACUAACAGCACUGCCAUCAACUACGCCCUCCACGCCGUCAAACUGAAGGAGGAGCAUCCCCAGACGGACCAGACUGAGGAGCCGGGUCACAGCUGAGCCCGUCGACCGGGGAUCGGGUCUGAAACCUGGGGGGGGGGGGGGCUCAGCUGUGACCCCACAUCAGACUGGGGUUGAUGAAGGGAAGGAACUGAAGCUGAAUGUGGGCUGAAGUUGUAGUUUUGCAGCGAGUGAUGAAAUAACAUGAAGCUGUGGAAUUCCAGUGUUUUUUUGUUUUUUUUUUGUCUGUGUGAAGGCGGAUAACGUUUUCAGGAAUAGGGUCGUACGAUGUUACUGAUUAAACGUUGAUGAUAAAAAUCCACUUGGGCUUUUCAGUUUGACGCAUGAUUUAGUAAAAUUGUCCUCGGGUUGGUUGCAUUUUCAAGAGCAAGUAUUAAAAUCAGACUUUAAAUGGUGGCAGUCCUGGCUUCUAAUGGUAAAUAUAUGUACAUUUCUGUGGCUUUGCUGUGAAAAGGAGGAGACGGUGACAUCCUCUGAGCUUCUAAUGGGUCUCAUGGAGAAGUAUUAUAUAAGAGAAAUCAAGCCUCUGGCAGAGAAUAAGUCAUGUCUGCGUAUAAUGUUUUUAAAGAGACAAUGAACCAGGCAGCAGCACUUUAAUUUAUUUCACCAUCAUUUUUUUGUGAUCAGGGAGCAAACAGGGGACAUAAUGUGAAGAAAAUGUCUUUUUAAGAUUAAAAGUAAGAAUAAAGCAUGAGGUUUGGUA